AUGACUGAUGCUAUGGAUGUUGACAUCCACACGGAUGUACCUCCGCGUUGUGAAAAGCGAAAGGCAGACGCUCUCGACGACAUACCCACGCCUCGUCGCAUCAAGGCCCUUGAUCAAGAUGUAGUCAACAAGAUCGCUGCUGGAGAGAUUAUUGUUGCCCCCGUUCAUGCACUGAAGGAGCUCAUCGAGAAUGCCGUGGAUGCAGGCUCGACCUCUCUCGAGAUUCUCGUCAAAGAAGGAGGCCUGAAAUUGCUGCAGAUAACAGACAACGGCUGUGGUAUUGAUAAGGAGGACUUGCCCAUCCUGUGUGAACGAUUUACCACAUCCAAAUUGCAGAAGUUUGAAGACCUUCAGACUAUAUCCACAUAUGGCUUUCGCGGCGAGGCUCUCGCAAGCAUUAGUCAUAUUUCUCAUUUGACAGUUACCACCAAAACGCGUCAUUCGCCUACUGCCUGGAGGGCCUACUAUGAGGGAGGGAAACUGGUGCCCGCAAAGCCGGGCCAAUCCCCAGACCCAAAGCCGACAGCUGGGCGGCAAGGUACCCAGAUCACGGUUGAGGAUCUUUUUUACAACGUCCCAACGCGCCGACGGGCCUUUCGUUCACCUUCGGAUGAGUACAACAAGAUCAUUGACAUGGUUGGCCGCUAUGCCAUCCAUUGUUCACAUGUCGCUUUUUCCUGCAAAAAACACGGCGAAUCCUGCGCAAGCAUUGCCGUCCAAGCCGAUUCUUCACGGAUCGACAGAAUUCGGCAGAUCUAUGGAAGCAGCGUUGCAAACGAGUUAACCGAAUUUUCAACCUUUGAUGAUCGCUGGGGGUUCAAGGCCAGUGGCUAUGCUACAAAUGCCAACUACAGUACCAAGAAGACUACCCUUCUUCUGUUCAUCAAUAACCGGUGUGUUGAGUCUUCAAAUAUCAAGAAGGCCAUCGAACAGACUUAUUCGUCCUUUCUUCCCAAGAACGGCCACCCUUUUGUGUACUUGAGCCUCGAAAUCGACCCACGUCGGGUAGACGUCAACGUUCAUCCUACAAAGAGGGAAGUGAACUUUUUGAACGAGGAUGAGAUUAUCCAGGCAAUCUGCGAGAAUCUACGCGAAAAGCUGGCCUCAGUCGACGCUAGCAGGACAUUCGUAACCCAGAGUCUUCUCCCCGGAGGAACCGGACUGGCCUUUAUCGCAGAGUCUCAGCAGAUGGUGGCCGGUCAUUCCAAGACAAAUGGUAGCCAUAUGUCUAGGAAGUUUACGGCUCGCCCAGAUGAAAGUAACUUAGUGAGGACCGAUACAAACCUGCGCAAAAUCACCAGCAUGUUGCCACCCGUGUCGAUGGUUAACAACAAAGUCGGGCCGCCAAGUUAUCAAAACGUCAAUGCCGAGAUGCUCGAAUACGAGACAGUUGACCGCGACAUCGUUGUUUGCCGGCUGCUUAGCGUCAGAGAACUACGUGCUGCGGUCAGAGAAGAUAUGCACCACGAGCUGACAGAAAUCUUCGCCAACCACACAUUUGUUGGAAUUGUUGACGAACGCCGCCGUCUUGCCGCUAUCCAGGGGGGGGUGAAGUUGUACUUGGUCGACUAUGGCCGCGUAUGCUUUGAAUACUUCUACCAGCUCGGACUAACAGACUUUGGUAACUUUGGCACCAUAAAAUUCAGCCCACCUCUUGAUCUGAGAGAGCUGCUCUCUUUGGCUGCCGAGUUCGAAAAGUCUUCAUCUGCGGACGAUGACGAAAAUGAAGAUUUUGACACCGAAGAGCUCGUUGAACUGGUUGCAGAACAGCUGAUCGAGCGGCGCGAGAUGCUUCUCGAGUACUUCUCCUUAGAAAUCUCCCCAGCCGGUGAGCUGCUGAGCAUUCCCUUGAUGGUCAAGGGCUACACACCGUCUAUUGCGAAGUUACCGCGCUUCUUGCUGCGCCUGGGUCCUCAUGUUAACUGGAUGGAGGAAAAGCCAUGCUUCGAGAGCUUUCUCAAGGAGCUCGCAGCCUUUUACGUUCCUGAACAAUUGCCAACUAGCCCUGGGGAUCCUGCUGAAGAGGAGGACCUUGACGAGGAGAUCAAGGCACGGCGAGCUCAUGUCCGCAGGGCGGUAGAGCAUGUUCUCUUUCCGGCUUUUAAGGCUCGGUUGGUGGCUACCAAGUCGUUAAUGGAAGAAGGAGUUGUGGAAGUUGCGAACUUGAAGGGACUUUACCGCGUUUUCGAGCGUUGUUGA